CCGCUCUUUAGCCGAUUCUCGAGAAACGUCGGCUGCGCUCGUAUCGGUGAAAUCGUACUAGACGAGAGGCGCGCAGAGGAGGGGAGAGAGAGAAUGUGCGUAUACAUGUGUGUGUGCGAGGUCGUUGGUAAGUGGGGAAGAGGGAAAGGAAAUACCCCUCUCGCACGCUCCAGCCGUUCGCCCGCCCGACUCCCAAUCCCCACCGCGUCGCCCUCGUCGUCGACCGCAACGUCACCGUUCCCCGCUCCCACGGAUUGCGCGGCGCGCGCGGACCUGCCCAGUAAAUGCGAGGUUUCCGUUCGGUGUUUGUUGUACGUGCCAGUGAGAGAGUGCUCACGUAUACAGCCGCUUUAUACGGGCAGUUGUACGUAUCUCGGCUUCUCGACGACGUCGUCGUCGUCGUCGUCGUUACUGAAAGGAUCAUCCUUGGGCAUCACCAUGCCGCUGAGUAUCGGCGUUAAUCUGCGGGUAACCGGCCACUGUAAUCAGGGCGGCCGCAAAUACAUGGAGGACAUGUUCUGCGUGGCGUUCCAACCGACACCGGACGACAAGGAUCUGGAGUACGCGUUCUUCGGGAUAUUCGACGGCCACGGUGGCGGGGAAGCGGCGACGUUCGCCAAGGAACAUCUCAUGGACAGCAUCGUGAAGCAGAAGAACUUUUGGAGCGAUCGGGACGAGGACGUGCUACGGGCGAUCAGGGACGGAUAUAUGAACACACAUUACGCGAUGUGGCGGGAGCUCGAUAAAUGGCCAAGAACCGCAUCCGGAUUGCCAUCCACAGCUGGCACAACUGCCAGCAUCGCAUUCAUACGGAAAGGCAAGAUUUACAUAGGUCACGUGGGAGAUUCCGCUAUUAUAUUAGGCUAUCAGGUGGAAGGUGAUCUUCAAUGGCGAGCAAAAGCUCUGACAAAAGAUCACAAACCGGAGAGCGGGCCAGAGAUGACACGUAUACAGGAGUCGGGAGGAAAAGUAGUUAGUAAAUCUGGUGUUCCAAGAGUUGUAUGGAAUCGACCUCGUAUAGGGCAUAAAGGUCCAGUUAGAAGAUCUACUCACAUGGACGAAAUCCCAUUUCUCGCGGUAGCCAGAUCUUUGGGUGAUUUAUGGAGUUACAAUUCUGAAUUAAAUACUUUUGUCGUCUCUCCCGAACCAGAUGUCAAGGUUAUUCCAGUUGAUGUCAAGUCACACCGUUGUCUCAUUUUUGGUACCGAUGGUUUGUGGAAUAUGUUAUCACCACAAGCUGCGGUAGCAAUUGUUCAAGCCACAGAUAGACACAAUGAAAAACAUUUAAUAGCAUCUCAACAGACUGGCAAUAGUGCUGAUUUACAAAUGUGGAUAAAUCCUUCAAAAAGUCUUGUGGACCGUGCAUUGGAGAGAUGGUCAUCAACUAGAUUACGGGCAGAUAACACCAGUGUUGUAACAUUAAUGUUAGAUCCAUCGGGGCCAUGUCGCAGUGAGGUACUGUUUAAUCAAAAGAAGGAUCGUGUCAUACAUCAUGGAACACACGCACCAACUACAACGAUGGUACCCGAAAACAUCGAGAAAGUCAAUUCAAAAGUAAUAUCGCCGUGCAUGCCGUUAUCGCCGCCAAGCAUUUCCACAAAUCCCGAUAUUUCUACGAAUCCCAAUAGUGAUACCAAACAACCGGACUCAUCAAAUGGAAAUCAGGAAAUCGUCGAUCCGAUGUUACAAUCGCAGACAAUUUUGUACCCCGAAAAAUCAACUUCGCCAGAGAUUGAUAUUUCCUCGGAAUUACGAGACACUGCGAAGGACAAAAGUAUUGAGACUACUGAUGUCGGCGAGAGUAUCCAGGUUGCCGAAAUCUCCUCUAGCCAGAUGCCGGAAGAAACUGGAGAACCGGAAGAUAAGACAACGGAUAAAACCAUUCUCGAUAAAUUAGAAAAUUUCGAAAACGAAAAAAAGCAAGUAGCUGAACAGAACGAAAACGAGAAGGUAAAAAUUGAUAAUACACAGAUUCUUCCGAUCCACUCAGACUUGAAAUCGAACAAUCCUGAGCUUAAGGAACUUGUGGAUGAGAUGGGAGUAUCUAACGUGAUACGACAAAAUAUAUUUUCCGAUACGAAAGAGGAGGCAGUCCAACCUGCUCCUCUUUUAAGCAGGUUACGCCGAAGUGGCGGUGUUGUUCCUGUUAAGAGCAAGAGUUUUGAUGGCGGUGAAGUGAGAAAUGGCAUUUUGAACGGAUCGAGGCACAAACAACAGCAUUCUUUAUUUCCCACCGCAAGGACAGACGUUAGAACGAUAAAGCGUCGACACAGCAUGAAUUCCUCGCAGACUCAGAAUGCUUUCAUGUCAACUCCAGAUCCAAAGACUUAUGUGAGCGUAAAGUCGCGAUACAACAGAAUAUCGAAAACGUCCGUUGCGGAAAAUGCGUCAGCAGAAGAGACAACAAAGAAUACAUCAAAACGGGCAGACACUAGCUGCAAACGCAGGCACAGUACGAUUACGCAAACAUCGGUUCCGUCGACUGGAGUUGAAAAUGAGUGCACACAGCAAGAACCGUGUGCGAAGAGGAGGACACGUUCCGAGGACCGACGGCAGACUCCUACAGACGAGAACGAUCCAGCCAAUCAAACAAUGGAAAAUACGAGCGGUCGGCUAAGUUGGCCCACGUCAGACGGACGACCGGAUUCAACAUUAUCAUUAAACGGUGCCACCACAACGACACUUUCUUCUUCGUUCCAACGUAGAAGUUUAGCAAAGAAGGCCACACCUGUUAAAACUAUUAGGAGGUCAUCUAUCAACGGUUCGAAACUGCAACAAUUGAGAGGUAGUUUUCUACGGGAUUGGGAUCAAGGUAGAAGCAAUCGAGCGAGCAAUUGUAACGACAGAAGGACAUUAAAUAGGACAGUAUCAAUUAUCGGCCCUACAGAUACGACAAUGCCACAGCGAUGGUUAAGAUCAGACACAAUGGCGGCAACACCAGUGAAAACGCUACGUUCGCGUAACGUAGACAUCGUUGGUAACACGAUAUCUGCGCAGUUAGUUCACCAGUACGGAGUAGUGAAGCAAAAUCGAUUAUCCUUACCGAACAAGUUAAAGCAAUCUGCAAACGGUGGAUCGCUACAAUCUAGUAGAGUCAGGUCUUCCUCGUUGUCAUCCAAUAAACUUAAACAAGCGAAUGGUAACGGUGGAAGCGUGAGUACUUGCGCGACCAUUAAUCCGUCGACUACAAGUUCCACUUCUGGUAUAGCUAAGAGGGUCAAAUCACCAUACAAUCCCAGUGCUCGAUCACUGAGCACGCGAUCUCGCAUUAAACGUCUUGGAAAGUAAAGUUAAUGAUUAUAGCUUUUCUUUCUUUUUUAUGCGGAUUUGAGUAUUUUUAGGGUAUGAUACAUUCUUACCCUUUUAUUUUCUUUACUAUUCUUAGUAUAUUUUUAGUAUAAACAUUAAUUUUUGCAUAUAUAUAUUACAUAUGUCUCUCUUCAAAACUUUCUCACUUUUAUUUUUGAAGUUGCGCAUGUUUUCUCUCUUGAUAUAUUUACCAUGAAUGGGGCUUGAGCUUUAUAAAUUAAUGUUAAUAUUCUGUAUUUUACAUACAUAGAAUUAAAUCAAAUGUAAAAUUAAAUAAUUAUUUGUGUACAAUUAUUUAGAUAUAUAUUUUAAAAUUUAUUAUGCUAGUUAUGCAAAUUCUCAUAUUUGUUUAUGACACAACUAUUGUUCACUAUUAUUUUAUCAUUUAUUAUUGAUUUAUGUACUACUUGUAUUGUUAUUGAAAUGAUUUCUGUUCUUUUCUGUUUUCUUUUGCACGAGCUCUUUCAUAUAUAUCUAUUUUCUUUUAUAAAAUAUUAGAUAUCUAUGGAAAUAAAUUACUACGCUCUCCCAUUCUGUUUAUGAAACAUAAUUAUUAAUUCCUUUUUUAUAGAAGGCAUAUAUAUAUAUUUAAAAUGGAUUACAAAACUAAACUAGUCUAUCAUGUCCCUUGAGAUUGUAUCAUUAUAUUCAAAAAUGUUUAUAUAGUUUGCAAAAAAAAAAAAAAAAAAAAAAUGCGUUUGCAAUUUCUAAAAGCAAAUUACAUUCUUAUCUUUGUUUUAUGGAUAUUAAACGCAAAUUUUCUUUUUUAAGUGGAUAUUAAACUCAAAUCAUUUUGUGUUUAAGUCAAGCAUAGGGCACAUAGAAAACACAGUUGUAAGGCGAUAUUGUAAGUUAUAUAUUCUGCGAGAAAUUUAUGAUGUAAAAAUGUAGCCUGUUUUUUUUUAUACUUUCUAAUAUUUGAUGAACUUACUAAAUGUUGCCGUAGGACAAAAUAUGAAAGUAUAAUAUAGGUAUCUGCAUAAAGUAGCUUGACAAUAAGAAGGUAUGGAUGCAAAUAAAGACAUGGGCUUGUAUGCAUAUCUCGUAUGCACAUCCAUUUGUGCAUUCUCAAUGAUAACUAUCGUUUGCGAUCGUCACAUUAGAGACGAAUGAAGCGGCCAAUCAGUGCUAAAUAUGAAAUACGAAUGUGGCCCGUAGCUAUAUAUACACACAUAUAUUUCUAGAAAUAGUUUUUUCUCCCAAUUAAUUCCUCUUAAUGAUUAUAGUCUUCGAUAGUGGCAUGGAAUGAAUUCCCAAUGUGAUCAAGUCAAGAAAAACAUCGUAUUUAGUGUAUCAUUAAGCAUUAAACUGUUUUCUAGUAUGUAGAUUAUGUAAUCAUACACUGAUCUGCCUUGGCCGAGUACAGAAUGGUCACUGAAUAAUUGGAAAUAUGCAAUUAUGAUAAGAUUUGUGUAAAAUAUAAUUGGCAGUCUUUAAUUAUUUGUGAGCAUGCCGAUAUAUACUUACAGAUAGAAAAUAUAACAUGGAUAAUUAAUUGAUAUGUAAAAGAAAUUCAGAUCUCAACGAAUCAAAAUAAAUUCUGGACACAAUUUUGAAUAGAAGCCACUCUGUACGAAGCACCAAACGACUGUUUAUGUGCGAUACAAAAAUCUAGAUUCUAGAUUAUACUUAAAUGGAAUAUAAAAAACGUCUAAAACGAUUGAGGGAAUUCAAGUUUCUUUCGGUACAAUUGUAACAAUUAUAUUUUAAAUACAAAUAUCAUAUUAGAUCUAACAAUGAUUAAGUUACCGGGAGGCAAAAACACAGAAUUUAUAAAUAUAUAAAUAUAUUAAUAUAUCAAAAAUUUAUGUAUAUAUAAUAAUAGUAUACAAUCUUCUUAUAUCAGCCUUUCAUUAUCAUUUUAUCUUGUGCAAGUGUGCAAAAAAAGAAACAAAAACAAAAAAAAAAGAAGACAUUUCAGGAUAAAUAUCCAUUUGGUUUUUGUGUCAUAAAUGUGUUAUAAAGAAAUUACUGAUGUGUAAAAGAGAAAUUCUGUAAUGUUUGUUACAAUUUUACAUUUCGCAUUUCUUUAUAGUUCGUUAAUAAUAAAAGUUCGUUAUUCUAUGUUGGUUUAUAUACGAAUGUAUAUUAUAUUUCCUGUCUUGUCUGAAUUAUACUUUCACAUGUAUUCAAGAAAUGAUAUAUAUGGAACAAUUUGUGACAAGGAUUAGUAAGCGAGAAAAAAUUACAUUUAAGUUUUAUCUUUAAGAAAAUUUAAGAUUUAUACAUUUUUAAAGAAAAGAAAAAAGGGGAUAAAUAUAACAGAAUGAAAUUAUAUUAAAAUUGAUAAAAUAUAAACGUUAUAUAUAAAUAUAUAUAUAUUAUUAAUUAAAAUUAUUAAAAAGUUGACUAUCAACUAGCUUUCAAAGCUAAUUCAAUUUUUUGUAGAUAAGUUUAUGCAGAUAAUAUAUAUUUGAAGUAUUUUAUUUCAAACUAUGUAUUUAAGGAAAGACACUAUUUGUAGAGUACGUAGCUACUAAUCUAUAUCAAAGAUAAGAGAGAGGAAAAAAAAAGGUGACACGUGCCUACAAUAGUUACCACUCACAAAUGUAAAAAAAAUUUAUUUGUACAAAAAAAUUCUUGAAGUGAAUUGAAGAGUAGAGAGACGAAUUAGAUAAUGUGAGAGAUAUAUGUUAGCAAAAUUAAUAGCGAAUAUCUAUUUUAAGAAUAUUUAUCCUUUUCAGUGCAUGUACAUGCCCAUAGAUUUCACAGUACAUGUAAAUAUAUAGAAUUAAUAGAUGUACAUAUACAUAUACGUGUAGAUAAAUUUUAAAUUAGUGCGGCAGCAAACACAAGAAAAAAAUAAUGAGGUGCAGCCUCAAUAUAUAGAGUUCAUCAUCUGUUGACAAACUAUGCAAAGAACAGUUUAAGAAAAGUUCGAAUAUCUACUUUCUACGCUCGUAGAUAUAUCAUUUGUUACAUCGUGGAGAUAAUAUGAUAUCAAGUAUUUUUUAAGAAAAUACGCAAAUAAGAAAUUUAUGGCCCAAAUAGAGAUGAGGAGGAAAUGUUUGCGAAAAAUGUUAUAACAAUUUAUCUCAAAUUAGAAUCAUGAAGACCAGAUUUCAGAGGAACUUGAACAAAUGUGUGAUCAUGCGCGUCCGUCACGUGCAUUUAUAAUAUAAAUAUUUUAAUUAAAUAAAUUAAAAAAUA